UUCAAUGAUUGUCAUGUGUCAAAUAGUUUUUCUGUAAAUACCGGCUGCCACGUUCGCAGUCAUUGCUUGCUGUUGCCUGCUGCACUGCGAAAUCGACUACGUGGAGAGAGCAGCAGACAGGGAGACCUGUUGACAACAUGCGGUGCUCCAUUUAUUCGUGCAGUCGACACACUCACCACAAUACGGUGGUGCAACACGUUUAGGGUGAUGAAUUAUCAUACUUUACACAGCUUGUAACAUUAAUUCCAUUGAAAUAUACAAUGGAAGAGUCUUCGAUUCUAUGGAUGCUGGCGGUGGUUAUGAUGCUUGGUUCGUACCUAGCUGGCUCGCUUCCUCUGGUUAUGAACUUAUCGGAAGACAAGCUGCAAUUAGUUUCGGUAUUAGGUGCGGGUCUUCUCGUGGGUACUGCAUUAGCCGUCAUUAUUCCGGAAGGAGUUGAAGCGUUAUUCAGUGGCAAAAACAAUAACGAGCACAGUGAAGUUCAUAGUGAUCUUCACGGUCUUAUAGGUAUUAGUUUGAUUUUAGGCUUCAUAUUUAUGCUCUUAGUCGAACAAUGCACAUCUAGAGGGAAUGGUGGAAAGGAGAAGAGUUUCACGACAACGUUAGGUUUAGUAGUUCAUGCAGCAGCCGAUGGGGUAGCACUAGGAGCUGCUGCGACAACUUCGCAACCGGAUGUUGAAGCGAUUGUGUUCUUGGCCAUAAUGCUGCAUAAAGCUCCCGCUGCAUUUGGUCUUGUAUCAUUCCUACUUCAUGAAGGGGUCGAUAAGAAGAGGAUAAGCAGACAUUUGUUAGUGUUCUCCCUUUCGGCCCCUUGCCUUGCUCUUCUCACAUACUUUUGCAUUGGGAAGGAAGGGAAAGAGACUUUAAGCACUGUUAAUGCAACUGGGCUUGCGAUGUUAUUUAGCGCUGGAACGUUUCUAUACGUAGCCACUGUUCAUGUACUGCCAGAAUUAAUGCUCAGAGCCAGUACUUCAUAUGCUCGAUUACCAACAACUGAAGGUGCAUCACAUACAACCCAUGGUCUUAAAUUUAAAGAAAUAGCUGCACUGGUUAUUGGCUCCUUUUUACCUGCCCUAAUUGCAACCGGUCAUCAUCAUUGACUUAGAGAAAUUACCGCUCAAAAAUGAAAUAUUUUCUUAUUUUGUACCUUGCUAAAUGUUGAUUAUACAACAUUGAUCCUGUGGCUAUACGAUAGUUAAAAAUGCCUUUUAUUUUAAUGCACACGAAGAGUGCCCCUUUUGUACAGAUUUGCAAUGCAGACAUAAUUGUUAUUCUUUAUAAACAGUUCCUUUAUUAGAGCAGGUCAGAUAUUAUGAUCACAAUGAGAUUUAAGUAAUACUUCAUAAAAAAUAAUCACCGAUUAUGUGAAUCCUUAAGUAGUAAAACAUGAACUAUACCUUUUUUACAUGAGAGUAAAGUAAUAAUACAGCAGGAAGAAUAAUUCACAAUGAUAAUCAAUUUCAGAAAUGUUUAACUGAGAAACAGAAUUUUUAUUUGAGUAUCUAAUUGUAUUUAUCGCGAGUAAUUGUUGGUUCGUUUACAUGAAAUAUAAAAUGUGAGCAAGGUACAUGAAAUGCAAGACAUUUUAUAAGGAUGGUUAAUGGUAUUACAUACUGUGUAUAUUUUGUUAAACAAAUGUUUAGUAGUAAUAUGAGAUAUGCAAUAAAUAUUUUAUUUAUAAUAAA